AUGAAUAGAUUAACAGCAUCAACAGCACCUGAUCAUUUGAAAAAGUAUCUUUCUCCUUCUGAUGAGCAUCAUCAAGACAACGACAACCACCAAAAGAAGAGAAAGAAAAAAGAAGUAACAAAAUACAAAGAAACAAAGAAAUCAACUCUAUUAGAUAUAGAUGAUCAACAAUCUGUACAAGACUAUGAAACAGAGUAUAAUAAUAGAAAGAAGAAAAAAGAGAAAAAUGAGUAUGAACCAACAAUUGCCAAUAUAGAUGAAUUUACUGGUACUGCUGAUUUGGAAAAGAUAGUCAAACAAGAAUGGGUUACUGUACAAGACCCUACUCAAAACAAACAUUCUACAAGAGAUCAAUCACCACCAAGAAAUAGAUCAGGUGGUAAUGGCGAUUUAUCACCUCCAAGAGGAGGAAGAAAUAGAGAUCUUUCUCCUCCAAGAAAUAACAAUAGAAAUCAAGAUCUUUCUCCACCAAGAGGAAGGAAUAGAAAUCAAGAUUUAUCACCACCAAGAAAUAACAAUAGAAAUGAAGAUUUAUCUCCACCAAGAGGUAGAAAUAACAAUAGUAAUCAAGAUUUAUCGCCUCCAAGAGGUGGAAGAAAUAGAGAUCUUUCUCCUCCAAGAGGAAGAAAUAGCGAUUUAUCACCUCCAAGAGGUGGAAGAAAUAGAGAUCAAGAUCUUUCACCACCAAGAAAUAACAAUAGAAAUGAAGAUUUAUCUCCACCAAGAGGUAGAGAUAGAACAAGAGACUUAUCUCCACCAAGAGGAGGAGGAGGUAGAGACUCAACACCACCAAGAAACAAUAGAGAUUUAACUCCACCACCACAACAACAGCAACAAAGAAAAAGUAAUAGAUUUGAUGUUGGACCACCACAACAACAACAACAAAUUAAAAUAGAAUCAAAUGAACAGAAAAAACAAGUAGAUUUAUCUGGAAAGAAUGCAGAGACUGUUUAUAGAGAUAAACGAGGUAAAAAAUUGGAUUCACUAAAUGAAUUUAUGAACAAGGAUAAACCAAGUGAAGAGAGUUCAAUGGAAUGGGGUAUUGGAAAGGUACAACUAGAGGAAAGAGAAAGACAAAAGAAAAGAUUGGAAGAAGAAAAAUUGGCACCAUUUAGCCGAUCGGCCGAUGACAAGUCACUAAAUAAUAUGCAAAAGGAAAGAGAUAGAUGGGGUGAUCCAAUGGCUGGUAUGCAACAAGAUGAUAAUGAAAAAGAAUCAAAAAAAGAUAAAAAGAAAAGAAAAAAAGAUAAAAAGGAUAAAAAGAAAAAGAAAAAAAGAGAUAAAGACGGAGAUAAAUAUGAUGAAGAUGAAGAAGAAGAAGAGGAAAAAGAUAAACCAUUACCAAUUUAUAAAGGAUCAUAUCCAACCAAUAGAUUUAAUAUUAGACCUGGAUAUAGAUGGGAUGGUGUUGAUCGUAGUAAUGGAUUUGAAAAGGAAUACUUUGCAAAUCAAAAUAGAUCCAAUUCAAGAAAAGAAGAAGCUUACAAGUGGUCAAGUUCCGAUAUGUAA